AAUAUAAUCCACGGGUGAUUAAUUACAUUAAAAACGAGAGUUUAGAAUAAGAUAAUUAAUACCAGUAUAUAUGGAGAGACAACUUAUUGUUUGGAUCGUCGUGCUGGCGGCGGUGCUAGGCCGCACGCCGGCGGCGGGAGCGCGCGGGAAGAACGGCGGAGAAGAAUCAUGGGCCAAAAGAGUGCACGUUCCGGCUUCCGGCGGCGGGAAAGAAGUGGUGACCAAACUGCAAUUCUAUUUCCACGACAAGCUCAGCGGAUCGAACCCGAGCGCGAUCCGGGUCGUGCAGGGCCCCGGAAAUUACUCUCGCCGCGGCGCGUUUGGCACCAUCACGAUGGGAGACGACCCGCUGACCGUCGGGCCGGACCCGAAGUCGAAGGAAGUGGGGCGCGCCCGCGGGCUGUACGGGUCCGCCGGGAAAGACGAGGUGUGCCUCAUCGUGGCCAUGAGCUACGGAUUCACCGUCGGCGACUACGCCGGGAGCUCUUUCAGCCUUCUGAGCAGCAACCACGUGCUGGACCCGGUUCGUGAAAUGGCCGUGGUCGGAGGGACCGGUCUGUUCCGGUUGGCACGUGGAUAUGCCUUGGCCCACACCUAUUCACUUGACCUCGCCACCGGUGAUGCUAUCAUUGGCUACAACGUUACCCUUCUCACCCACACCCACACCCACAUUUGAAAUACCAGCUCACCUAAAAUUUGAUAUCAACUAUUUCAAAAAAAAAAAUCUAAUCAAAAAUAUAUUUAAGAGAUAAAUACAGAUAAUUGUUAUUGUCUGUAUAUAAUUAUGCGUGGAAAUGAUAUUUAUACACCAAAAAUUAUACCCAGUUUAUACUCUGAAGGCAUGCAUCAAUAAUUUAUGCUAGUGUGAUGUUUUACAAUAACACAAAAUGUUAGUCCAAAUUUUUUUUAUUAAACUAACAUUUUGUGUCAGUGUAAAUCAUUAAAAUACUAGUGCAUUCCUUUAGAGUAUAAUUUGGGAUGCAAUUCUUGGUGUACUCCUAGCAUGGUUGAUCUAUGCAAUAUAUAAUAUUAAAGUUUGAUUACUAUAAAUUCCGGUGUUAAAAUGCUAAGGAGUACUUUUUUUUUUAAGAAAAUCAAUAUUCUAUUUUAGCUCGUUUAAAAAACUCUAUCCUGGAAUUUCUUAUUUCUAAUGUUAAACAAAUUAAACUGUUAUCUUUCAAUAGUUUGAGCUUUUAAUUUACUAAGAGAUGUGAAUCAUGUAGUUGAAGCUGAUUUUUUGUUUGAUCUUGUUUAUUGGCGUGUUUGUCAAUUCUU